AAACCAGCCCUUAACUACCAAAACUCAUGCUUAGUGUUUGGUGUGUUUUUGCUCUCGUAGCACAAAUCUUUAAUUGUUAAUUUAAAUAAUAGUUUGGAUUAUUUAUUUUAAAUCAUCAUGCGAAUUGAACGCUGUUACUUUUGUUCAUCCCCUAUUUACCCUGGCCAUGGUAUAGUUUUCGUGAGGAAUGAUUGUAAACUUUUCCGAUUUUGUAGGAGUAAAUGUAGACGUCGAUUCAACCAAAAGAAGAAUCCUAGAAAAACGAAAUGGACUAAAGCCUACCGUAAAGCUGCAGGUAAAGAACUUGUGAAUGACCCUUCAUUUGAAUUUGAAAAGAGACGCAAUAUUCCACUCAAAUACAACCGAGAAUUAUGGAAUAAGACUAUUGAAGCAAUGAAGACUGUUACUCAGAUACGAAAGAGAAGAGAAUCUGAAUUCGUAUUGAAGAGACUCCGUAAAGCCAAUACUAUCGAAAGGGAAAGAGAUAUCAAGGAGGUUAAACGAGACAUGGCAUUGAUAAAAUCACCGGCUGCUGGAAUGAAGAGAGAAAAGAGAAAGACAAAACCUAAAGUUAUCGUUAAAUUUGAAGAUGAAAUGGAAGAAGAAAAUAGUGAAGAAGAAGAAGAAAUGGAGGAAGAAAGUGAAACUGAAAUGGUUGCUGCUUAAUUACUUGAUUAUGGUUAUGUAUAAUUAAUUGGAAACAACAAUUUUAUUGUUGAUAAUUUGUAAUAUUACAAAAUCAUUUGAAGUCUAUCAAAUUAAAAAGGUUUGGACUUGUUUCUAACUAA